AGCCCUGUCCCCUACUCUUUUUCUUCUCCUUCCUCCUCUUCCUGCACUGGGUUUCUCAAGUCAUACCUCCCCCUGGUACCAUACUUUGUCUUGGGGCUGCUUGUCAUGGGAGACGGAAAGGGGCAGAAGGUGUGAGAUGGAAUCUUGGUGCGACUGAGGUGUCCCCUGAGCUGUGGGUGCAUCUCCAGCCCCAAGCCAUGUCCUGCUACAACGCCUGCCUGCCCUGCCAGCCCUGCGGCCCGACCCCACUGGCCAACAGCUGCAAUGAGCCCUGUUUCAGGCAGUGCCAGGACUCCAGGGUUGUCAUCCAGCCCUCCCCGGUGGUGGUGACCCUGCCCGGACCCAUCCUCAGCUCCUUCCCACAGAACACCGCCGUGGGAUCCUCCACCGGUGCUGCUGUUGGCAGCAUCCUCAGUGAUGCGGGAGUGCCCAUCAACUCUGGGGGCUUUGGCCUCUCCGGCUUGUCUGGCUUCGGUGGCCGCUACUGUGGCAGGAGAUGCUUCCCCUGCUAAAGGUGCUGACCAUGGCCCUGGGGAAUAUCCCAGGAUGGUCCCACACUGGGGAUGAAGCAUGGACUUGUAGCUUUGAUAGGAGCUGUGCAACCCCAGCACUCCUUGUAAAAGGACGGGGUCAGCCUGGGCUCUCACAAAGCACGGCCCAUGACUGCCUUUCCCCUCUGCCACUCUCUCCUUUCCCUCCCGUGUCCUUGUUCUCUUGUGCUCCCUGGGCUGUGAGCCCCACCAAGCCAGUCUAGGGAGGACCUGCUGGCCCUGCUCCCUCUGUGGGGCAGGCAGAUGGACACCUCGUGGCAUCUCUGCCACAGUAAUGAAGCGAACAAUGCCCUUUUGUGCUGCCUGCACUGAGGUCUCCACUCAGAUAACUUCAUUGUACUUUUUUCACUCAAUAAAAUUCUGAUGCA